UUAUAAACAAAUUCUGAUUGUCUAAACUUUUACUUUUCAAAUCGGAGAUGAAUGAGCCAGUAACCACCUCUGCUAAGAUAGCGAUUUUUCAGCAACUAGCCAAAAGUGAGGGAACUCCGAUGACUUCUGCUUCAGAGAAUCACCAUAGUACGGCUACUAAAGAAGAUAGCAACUUACAAUCAGAUUCACUCGGCUAUAGUUACUUUGAUCGAGGCUCUCUAACUAUUGAACUCAAUGAAUUUUAUUCCUAUCUUGAAAUUCCUGAGCUUAAGCUGGGAGGCCACUUAUUCGAAACGAGCUUUACUAUAACGUCGAACUGGCGUGAGUGCAGUCUGGAAGAUCGAAGCUUCUACAUCUCUACUUUACUUAAUGAAGUGGAUUCCUGCAGUUUUGCCAAAUGCCGGCGUGCUGCUCAGAUCCUUCUUUAUAUAUCGCUAGGAGUCUUUAACGAGGCUCAGAACACGAGAGAACUUUUGGAUACGAUGACUUCAAACAAUCAGCUGAUUGCUGAAAACGGAGGCUUACAACUUUUUUUUGCCCAAAUUGUGAGAAAUGCAACCCAAAUCAAAAAGUCCGCGUCGAACUUUUCCAAGUACCACUCGAAAGACUUGCGCGUAUUUCUUAAUUUAGUUUAUAAUAUGCUAAUUUUCUGCGGAACUCUACUUGAAAAAGACUGCAAAGAGCCAAUAUACCUAAAUUUAUCACCGAGAGAAGUUGUAACGGAGCUCCUAUUGGACUAUCAUAAACCGGAAGCGCAAUCUUAUCCAAUCAACAAACUUUUAUUACUUCUGUGGAGGUUACUUUUAUUAAAUUUUAAUAAGGGAAAGUUUUAUCGAGAAAAUAUUGAGGAAGAACCGAACUCUCCUUGCACCUGCAAGCAUCGAAGCCAUCAUUACUCCUUAAGAGUAAAGGAUCGUCCUCGUUGGCAAUUGAAGGCUAAUUUGGAUGAUAUUUACAAGUUUUUCAAGAAGACCGAAACAAAAAAUUACGAUUAUUUUAACUUUUCUUCGGCUUCCUUCACUUCCGAAAAUAUGUUUCCUCUUCCCAUUCAAGAGGCGAGGAGCUUACUUAAAAAAAAGUUAAACUUCAGCAAAAACAAUGAAGUUACUGACCCACAAGUUCGAGCUUUUAUGGACUUUCUAUCACCCCAACUUCCUUCUUUUAUAACUUUACUAUUAAAAAUAAUGCUGGCCUCUCAACCAAACACAAAAAGUCCUGGUAGUGUUAGAAUUCUCGGUUUUCUUUCUUGGGGCCCUUCCAAGUCAAAGUCAAUGUCUUCUACAACUCCUAAACUUAUAGAUGCGUUGAGGCAUAAAGAAAUACUAACAAAAGCGGUAUCGGCUAUCUUUGUUACUCUACUCGAGCACUUUAAGCAAGAAGACUUACAUGAAUACGAAUAUUUAUCGGAAAGAAUUAUUGCUGAUAACGGACUUCUGCUUCUUAUCAUGAUUUUGAAGAACUGGCGCACGUGCAUUUAUUCUAAUAAUAAUAUUCACAAAAUGGAGUUUUUCUCUCUACCAAAAUAUAACUUUCAGUCCCACAACUGGAGUCCGGAUGCGGAGGAGUCGAAGACGUGCUGGAGAAACUAUUUUGUUAUUGUUACUGUUUUAAGAAUACUUCAAUAUGUAACAAACGCCGCUGCAGUCGAUAAAAAUACUUUAAUAAAAUAUAAACUUGAGAAAACACUUCUGGAGCUUGUUGGCUUAAACAAUGACGAGAUUAGUUAUUAUUGCUAUAAACUUUUAAAAAAACUUCUUCCGUACUUAUUGAGAAAGUGGAGAGGAGGGAAAAAAACGGAAGAGGCUUUGAAAAAAACAUUAUCGGGCAUUUCUCUUCGUGUCGGCACAAAGUUCGGUGAGGAUUGGACAGUCCCAAUAGAGAACGGCUUUGAAAUGGUCGAAUCGGACGAGUUGUAUACGCCAAAGAGACAUGCGGACCCAAUCAUUCAGCAGAAAGCAAGCCCCAGCCUAUAUAAGGCAAGUGACCAUUCGACUGAGUGACUAUGCAAAAUUUCAAAUCUGGUGCUCACUUCACCAAGAAGAUUUCUUUCUCUUCUUUCCGC